CUUGUGUUCUCCAAAAUGCGAGAGCAUCUCGAGCACCCUCCCCGCACUUGGGUGCUUAGAUUAUCUGGAUGACAGACUGUCGACUCCUGGCGCAUUGACAACAAUCCUGUAUUUGCUAUAGUCCGGUGUUUGCUUGAAAUUGUAUCGCCUUUGGAAAAUGACAGCACAGUCUUGCCCACUUGACUCUGCUUCCCAAGCCUCCGUCCCCCGACCUUCAUGUGACUUAAGUGGGUCCGCGAAUAAGCACGCCUUUGCAUUCUUACAAAUGUGCAUGUGCAGGUCAGCUCUCUUCACAAAUCCAUCAAGGUUUAGUUGAGACGCGGACUAAACACCAAACACUCUUUGAGUCUCGUCAAAUCGAUUCUGUUUUUAGCGAUUCCCAUGGCGACGGCACCAGGCGCAUUAGUCGCCGCUGAGAAAGCAGCAGCACCACCUGUGCAAGGCGGGGACUUCGAGAUAAACGAGGUAGUCUAUGUUCGCAAACAUGUCACAUCAGAGAAUUGGUAUGAGGUUUUGAGUCUUCAAGAGACCGUAAACGAAAGUGGCAGUUCCUUCAAUCUACUCCACCAUAGGGUCCCUGAAGCUUCUGGUCAAUAUGCAAAGGAUGUUUUCGAUGAGUUGCUUAUCACGACUAUCCCGGAAUACCUGCGCAAUGCCCCCAGUAGGAAAGUACACGUCGUUGUCUCAACAGGUUCUGGCACCGGCCUUGCUCUGGACUUCUAUCAAUAUGCGCUUAAGCCACUUCUCAAAUCAUUGGGGCUUUCAUCGGAGGAUACUGAACUCGGUUCAAACCAAGAUGCAUAUGCCUUAACAAUCACGCAAGACUCUCACAGUAUUCGAAGGUUUGCACGGGAUCUUAGCAUAUCUUCCAAUGGUCUAAAUGAUAAAAUCCUGCAACACACAAUUAUACUUCUGAGUGGCGAUGGUGGGACGAUAGAGCUGCUCAAUGGGAAGGCGCCUGGCGACACGAUCGAUGAUUUGGAUGUGUCGCAGCCCUUAAUAGCAACAUUACCACUGGGCACAGGCAAUGCUCUAUUCCACUCAUUGCACAAGCCCCUUUAUCCCGACUCGGAUGAGACGAACGGCCCAACGCCACUUGUACUCGGAUUACGUACACUUCUACGUGGGCGGCCAAAGCCUUUGCCUUCCUUUGAAGUCAACUUCUCGCCGGGCUCCCGCACCAUCACGUACAGCAAACUAGACGAUAACAACACGAACGUUCCGCCAGACAGUAAUGAUAAUUUCAAGGAACAAUUUGACACGAUUUCACACCUGCACGGCGCGAUUGUCGCAUCUUAUGGGUUUCACUCCCAGCUGGUCUGGGAAAGCGAUACUCCUGAAUACCGCAAACAUGGAAGCAAUCGUUUCCAGAUGGUGGCGGCAGAGUUGCUAAAGGAAAACCAUGAGUACAAUGCUAGCGUCGAAAUAGUUUCUCGAGAUGGGUCUACGCAGAGCCAACUGGACAGGGAGAAACACGCAUAUAUCCUCGCGACUCUAGUUUCAAAUUUAGAAAAGACGUUCACGAUAUCUCCGGCUAGUCGUCCACUCGAUGGUCAACUGAGGCUGGUACAUUUUGGGCCUGUUCCAGCUAAGAAAGUAAUGGAUAUUAUGAUACAAGCUUACAACAAUGGGAAACACGUGGACAUGGAGUGGGAGGGGACCAAAGGAGAGACUGAGAAAGUCGGAUAUGUGGACGUCCAGGAUGUGAAGGUGACGACUCAUGAAAAGGAUGCGCGCUGGAGGAAAGUUUGCAUUGAUGGCACUAUCGUCGAAAUACCAGAGGGCGGCUCGAUGGCAGUGACAACAGAAACGAAGCAUCAUUUACAGGUUUUGGCUCCAUGGCUAUAAAAGUCUAGAAUAUAUUCAUUUCGACGCUUAGAUACCGUAUGCACUAUUCAUCAUGGUUGCCAAUCUCUAAUUUCAAGCUUUAUUUGG